AACUUCAGCGUAAGUGUGGCGCGAUAGUUUGAUUGCUGACAGGUCAAUGUUGAAUAUCAAGCCCUAGACGACUCGAAAAGUUAAAUGUGCGUCUUUGUAUUGGUAAUAGAGAUAUAUUAGGCGUAUAUUUCUAUCUUUAUUUGGAGUCACUAAGUCAUGUAAGUAAUAAGCUCAACCCCCUAAACGCGACAAACCUGACAAGAAGCGUCUAAUAAUGGAGCCGUUUUCCCCGGAAGAUUUGUAUCAAAAUCCUCACAGACUCUCACACAGCGGAAAGAUAAUCCUAUUUACCUGCAACCAAGACCCAGCCUGCAAUGGAAGCGAAAGAAACUGGCUAAACUUCCGCAGCUUCUCCUUUGCACGUGAAGUCAACGCGUUCCUGAAGGCAACAGAGGGGACAGCAGCCAUCAGCAGGAAACUGUCAGCUCAUGUGGACAUCGUGACGUGUAACUGUGCUGUAGAUGUUCAGAGAAGGGUUAAAACUCCGUUCGUUUUGGUGACAAAGAAGAGUGAAAAAGGGGGCAGCUUCCAGUAUAGUCUGCUCUCACUUAACGGUUUAGACAGACUGGAGCCCUGCAUCGAGUUCAAGCUUCCCUAUCAAAUGCAGGGAAACGUGCGCAUCCUGCAGGGCCCCACAGUGCUGUGGAGCCACGAUCAAAGCGUGUUUUAUACAUCCCCCAAUGCAAAGGGGGUCAGAAUGAUCCCCAUUCAAAUGUCAAAAUGUGUUUUUGGAGAGAUCCACAUCCACAAAGGACAGAUUUUUGCUCUUGGACUUUCAGAAGCACCCCUAACUAACCAAUACCCUACACUUGGUUAUUUUCUUGAAAAGGGACAAGUGUUUGAGGGCUCUUCGAUUUUGCCCCAUCCCUACAUUUGUAUCACACAGUGCAUGCAGGUUCUAACAGCUGAUAGGGUGGAUGAUGUGCUGAGAUGUGUUGUUAUUGCAGCAACUUCACAUCAGCAGCUUGUGCUUUUUGAAAAUGGUUUAGUUAAAGAAACGUGUGAACUGCCCUUUGAGCAGGCUGAAGACAUUCAGAUUGUUAACACAGGGAGAAAUGGCUGUCUUUUUGUUGUAUUCUUUAAGCAGGGCCAUGUUUGUUCUGUGUGGAAGGACACAUUCCAGAUAGCCUCCUGUUGGUCAGAUGUCGGCUCCGUCCAUGUGGAUGAUUUCUUCAGGUGCGGAACUGAGCAGAUGCUUCUGCUUUUCAAGAACCAAAGCUUAGCAAAGGAGCCACUGGAAAAUUUCCUUCUGACUGACCUUUGUGGUAUUUCUUACUCUUGUGGUCAAGGCUUUGAAGGCAUGAAGACAAGCUUGCCUCCUCAGGAAAGCUCACUCCUCACUCUUCGAGCUUUGGAAUCCAGAUUACAGAGUGGAUUGAUUGUCCUCCAAGAGCUUGAAAGUGAACUGAGAGUGAAGGACAGAGUUCUGCAGCAAUCAAUCCAAGUCCUCACUGCAACACUUUCAGGGAGGGAGACCUUUCUAAGCCAACCUGAGCAGGAAGGGCUUGUUGCCCUUUGGGACAGUGAUGAGGAGGAGUCCAACGAUAAGACCCUGGAUGACAGGAUGCAUGAAACACCAGCGCCGACCUCCAAACCCAAAAUUGACAAGCUCUGGCACCGCAUCGCUGAUGACCAACUGGUUGUUGGAUUGAUUCUAAAUGCUGAAAGUGACAUUCUGGCAAGCGGUGUGAGCUUAUCCCUCCUGACAGAGCCAGGCCAGAGCCUGAUGCCUGCGGUAAUCCAGACCCGUAGCCAAGUGUUCUGGCUGCCUGCGCUCAGCCCCUCAACACCAACUCUCUCCUCCUCAUCGUCUAGCAACAUAUUCUUAGAGCCUGCAGCCAAAAGGAGCAAGCAGCACCUCGCCAGCAAUGAUCUGAAUGUGUGUAGACUGGCUGUGACUGCAGCAACCAAGCUGACACCUCUGCUGACCUCUGGCAGUGUCAAGUGCCAUGCCAUGCUUCAUUACAAGAAAGGAGAGGCUCUUUUCCCCAGGAGCAACCCGACAACAGCUGUACUGCAUUGUGGCGACAUUUCUGUAGAUAUCCAUGAUCUUUGCCUGAAGCCUCUGCUACAAAACCCUCAAGUCAAAACAGAUGAGGUUAGAGAAGACCUUUUGAGUCUUUUGACAGUGCUGGAUCACUGGGUCUUGCAUAUAGACUCUCCAGAUUAUAGUUUGGGUGACAUAGAUGGCUGGAUUCGGAGGAGAGAGAACUUUAAAAAGAUAGAAGUAAGCCCUGAGUAUCUACUUUUAGAUUCUCCAGGGCCUUCUGUUCCAAUGCUGCUCCGCUGGUACCAGAUGAACCCUUUCCAAGGGGAUUUGUCCAUCCACUCCAGCCAAUUACAAAUGCUCCAGUUCUUAGACUCCAUGCUGACAUUCCUCCCUGAAUCCUGCUUCAUCCGACCUGUCAACUUCACAAGGAGUCAAAGUACAGCUCAAGAAUUUGCCUCCGCUCUAGAAAAAGAGGUGCUGUCACUCAGAGAGGGCUUAUCAUCACUUCUGUGUGGGAAAGCUGAAGAGGAGAGAAAUGAGGCACACACUGGACAUGGGGGAAUCCCUGAGACUGGUUCUGCACAGGAGCUUGUUGGGUGUACACGGGAGGUGUGGCAGCAGAACGUGGAGAGGAGCAGGUUGAGUCUGAGCCCUCUGGUGGAUGUCAAGAGGUAUCGUGAGAUGAUCCAAAGACUUUUAAAAGUCAAGAUGGAUGCAGAUUUAGCCGGCGUUCAACAGGCACACAUGAAUUUGGUCAGUUGAGAUUUUGGGGAGGGUGUUUAUUUAUUACAAUUCCCGUUAUGUUUGUCCAAUAAAAGGUUCUGUCUUGAAACACAGACUUAACCACACAGCUAUAAGUAUGACUGUUAAUCAUCAGUUUGCUUUAGGAAGCUCCAUGUCUUUAAGGCUGGAAGGUCUCCUUCCUGUCACCAUAAUCCUUAGUCUCUGAUUCUCCAUAAGAUUCGAGUCAGGACCCUGGCUGGUUCAAAAUGUUAAAAUGGUUCCAGUUCGAAAAAAAAAAGUUAAGUUAGAACAUGUAUCUAAAUAUUUUUGUGCCAAACUUUAAAUAUCAAAUAUAUAUUUUAAUGGAUCUUUUUUUCCAUUUUGCUGUUCGUUCCGUUUAUUCUUUUGACUAAUCUUUCCUCCCUGAUGAGUAAACCAGACAUGGUUUGUUGUGCCUUAAGACUCAAUUAUGAAGCAGAAAGAAUAUCCUUGUUCAUCCCUUCAUCAAAAA